CAAGGAUCAGAGACCCUCCCUCCCUCCCUCCCUCCUUUCGAUCUCAACUUACACCCAACGCCAACGCCAACGCCAACUCCAAGGCAAGGGGCAGAGCAGAGAAGGAGAAGAGAACCCUGCACCUUUCCACCUUCCCUCCCAGGCUCCCACCACCUCUCCUCCGUCCCCCACGCGACCGCACGGGGUGCAGGACGAGGAGGAGGACGGGAUCCGUCCGUUGCUUCCGACGGCCGCCUCCUUUCCGCGGCCUCCACCGCGCCCGCCGUCCGUCCGUCCCUGAAAGCAACGCCUGAUCGGAUUCGGGGGUCGACUGCUGCCGCUGGUCCGCGACGGCCACCACCACCUGCCGCAGGUACCACUGCGACUACUUAGUUCCUGCUCCGCUCCCCGCUCCUCUGUUCUUUGCCCUGCCUCUCGGGCUGUUUGUUUGGUGGUCUCUGCCCCUGCGUGCGUGCGUGCGAAUGGGGGAGCGGCGGGCUGGCGGAGCCAUGCGUCCGAUUUGAUGUGAUUUGGUUCUGGAGAGCUUGGUCAGGCAAGGGAAUUUUCAAAGGAGGAAUCUGAAGAACGCAAACUUCGUCUCCUGAGGUGAACUCCUGGUCGACGAAGAAGCAGCCAUGGGGUCCGGGGACUGGUUCAAGACCAUCAUCAGCAAGAAGAAGUCGAAACGGGGCAAGUCAAAGCACGCAAAGAAGGUUGCUGCGCAACGCAACGGAGCCAACCUGCCGCAGCAAAAGCCUAGCAACGCUCCUUCUUCCAGCAGCGACCCUGAAGACAAUGCAGCACUCGAAGAUUGGGCAGCUACCCGGAUCCAGAACGCGUUUCGGCGCCACAAGGCAAGGAGGACUCUCCGUUGCCUGAGGGGAGUUAAAAGACUGUGCAUUGUUGGGCAGAGCAAUCCAGUUACCAAGCAGACUAGUGCCACAUUGAGCUACAUACAGUCUUGGAACAAGUUACAGGCUGAGCUAAGAAACCGGCGUGCUUUCAUGGUCACAGAAGGGCGUAACAGGAAGAAGAAGCAAGAGAAUCAGGUCAAACUUGACGCGAAACUCCAGAAUCUGCAGGUUGCAUGGAAUGGAGGCUCGAACACCAUGGAUGAAAUAGUUGCCAGGAUACAUCUAAGGGAAGAAGCAGCAGUAAAGCGUGAGCGAGCCAUGGCGUAUGCGUUUAACCAUCAGUGGAGGGCAAAGUCUGCCACAAGCCAAGGAAACUUCAACUAUGGGGUCGGGAACGGUGGCUGGGGCUGGAGCUGGAUGGACCGCUGGAUCGCUGCACGGCCAUGGGAGCCCCGAUCCAUGGUCACCCCUGAAAACCCGAAGAAGGGACAAUCAAAGAAAGACAACACCAGCACAAACCAGUCAGCUCUGAAGCUGCAAGGUGCAAUCAGUCUAAGCAACAACACCAGUGACCGGAAAGUUCCCAAGAAAAAGUCAUCCCCAUCUCCUGACAAGAAGAAACCGGCAGCGAAAACGGAGCAGAAACCAGUAGCAAAAACAGAGCAGAAACCAAAGGCGGCCGGCCCUCCCAAGGCGAAGCCAAAGGACAUGAAGAGGAACCAGGAGAAGCAGCAACAACCCGCGGUUCCUGCCAUCACUGCUUGAAACCCGCGGCGAAAAGGUUACCGGAGACGUUGUAUGAUACAUCCUGUGAAGUUUCUCUUUCUUUUACACUCUUAUGUGGUUUGUCUCUUACAUUGCUGUUUUACUGGACCAAGAAGUGACCAAUGUAGAAUGUGUUUGGUUUGCGCGAUUGCACACAUACCUAAUGAGAGUGGUUUUUGGUUAGGGCUAGGAUCUCUACUGUGCGCAUUGUGUGCGGGUGUGUAAUAUCUCUGUCUGCUGGGCUAAAAUGGUUCUGUUGGAACAAAAAUUCAAGUUCCAUCUCUGUUCAUGACAAAAUUUUAACUGA